UCCUUUCUCCGUUCCCAGAUCUCCUGCCAGCAUGCAAUGGAGAAAUAACAACUAUGUCUUUCCUACAAGACGUUGUGGACAUUUUACUUCAGUACGUGGUGAAAAGUUUUGAUAGAUCAACAAAAGUUAUUGAUUUCCAUUACCCAAAUGAGCUGCUCCAGGAAUAUAACUGGGAACUGGCAGACCAGCCACAGACCUUGGAAGAGAUUUUAUUGAACUGCAGAACAACUCUGAAGUACGCAAUUAAAACAGGGCACCCUAGAUAUUUUAAUCAACUUUCAACUGGAUUGGACAUGGUUGGAUUGGCAGCAGACUGGCUGACAUCAGCAGCAAAUACUAAUAUGUUCACCUAUGAAAUUGCUCCAGUGUUUGUACUUUUGGAAUAUGUCACACUAAGGAAAAUGAGAGAGAUGGUUGGCUGGCCAGGGGGCUGUGGCGAUGGGAUAUUUUCACCUGGUGGUGCCAUAUCUAACAUGUAUGCUAUGUUGAUUGCACGUUUCAAGAUGUUCCCAGAAGUUAAAGAAAAAGGAAUGGCAGCUAUUCCCAGACUGGUUGCCUUCACAUCAGAACAUAGUCACUUUUCUGUGAAGAAAGGAGCUGCAGCCUUGGGUAUUGGUACAGAUAGUGUGAUUCUGAUUAGAUGUGAUGAAAGAGGAAAAAUGAUCCCAUCAGACCUUGAAAGAAGAAUUCUUGAAGCCAAACAAAAAGGAUUUGUUCCUUUUCUGGUGAGUGCCACAGCUGGGACAACAGUGUACGGGGCGUUUGAUCCGCUCAUAGCUAUUGCAGACAUCUGCAAGAAAUAUAAAAUCUGGAUGCACGUGGAUGGAGCAUGGGGCGGCGGGCUCCUGAUGUCAAGAAAGCACAAAUGGAAGUUAAAUGGCGUUGAAAGGGCCAAUUCGGUGACCUGGAACCCUCACAAGAUGAUGGGCGUCCCGCUGCAGUGUUCAGCCCUGCUAGUAAGAGAAGAGGGAUUGAUGCAGAGUUGCAAUCAAAUGCACGCUUCCUACCUCUUUCAACAAGACAAGCACUACGACCUGUCGUAUGACACAGGAGACAAGGCUUUGCAAUGUGGACGGCACGUUGAUGUCUUCAAGCUAUGGCUGAUGUGGAGGGCAAAGGGAACUACAGGAUUUGAAGCACAAAUUGAUAAGUGCUUGGAACUUGCAGAAUACCUGUAUAAUAAAAUAAAGAACAGAGAAGGGUAUGAAAUGGUGUUUGAUGGAAAGCCUCAGCACACAAACGUCUGCUUCUGGUAUAUACCUCCCAGCUUGCGCAGCAUGGAAGACAACGAAGAAAGGAUGAGCCGCCUUAUGAAGGUGGCACCAGUGAUAAAAGCCAGGAUGAUGGAGUAUGGGACGACCAUGGUGAGCUAUCAGCCCCUGGGAGACAAAGUAAACUUCUUCCGGAUGGUCAUCUCAAACCCCGCAGCGACUCACCAAGACAUUGAUUUCCUGAUCGAUGAAAUAGAACGCCUGGGACAAGAUUUAUAAUAAUUGGGUGUGAAAGUCUGUUCCUGGACCUCUGACUAGACAAUUAAGUUGUCACAAACUGUGCGAAUGUAUUUGUAGUUUGUUCCAAAGUAAAUCUAUUUCUAUAUUGUGGCGUUGGAGUAGAGUACAGUUUAAAAUCAAGAAACAUGGCUCCUUUAAAGUCCUUUCCUGAGUUUUAGAAUACCUCCUUAAUAAUUAGCUGAACAAAAAGCUGCAUUGAAACAAAUAAGGAAGAACAGAAGAUACUUAAGAUUUUAUCCCCAAUUUUAACACAGUGACUUCUUUAAAUUAAAAGCAAUCAGACUGAAUGAUGCCAAAUUUGCCCAAAAUGAUGACAAAAUCGAAUUGGGGGAAGUGGGAGGGGGCAGCGAGAAGCAGAGUAUACAAGCUGUGUGUUUAAAAGCGGAAGUAUUUUGCCUUUUUCAUAGUAUUAGGACAGAAUUUCUAAUUUACCUAUAGUAACAUUUCAAAUGUAUUUAAAU